AUAACCUUAAAAUUAUUUGUAAAAGUGAAGUUGUAGAAGAAUUGUAAUAAUUAUGGGUUACGAUUAUAAAUUAGUGAAUUCCGUUGAUGUGAAAGUGAAAUUAAUAUCAAAUUUAUGUUGUGAAGUAUCAGAUGAUGAUUAUGUUAGCAUAUUGACUGAUCGGGGUGUCUUCAUUUUCAAGUUACUUGCAUACAAACAUAAUAAUCUGCCAAUAUUUUCAUACAGCCAAACAACAAUCCCAUUAUCCACAUAUGUUUUAUCCAAGAAUAUUGGACUGACAAUAGAGCAUUUAGUUCCAAAUUUAGAUAAAUUUGAUUUGUUUGAAAGUGUAUUACGAAGUGAUAUAUCAGUGUGCAUAGAUAACUGUACAAAGCCUUCUUCAAAUGUUAUUGCAAGCAAGUGGAGUUAUGCUGAUGCUAUUGGCAACCAGUCUGUUAUAGCCACACUGAAUGAGACAGGUUCUCUAGAUUUGUACACAAGAAUAGUCAAAUGUAACACAAAUGAAGUUUAUUAUCAUUUGCAGAAUGUUACAUCUAUACAUAUAGACAUUUUUAAAAAAGAUUGGUCAACAGACAUUAAUGAAAAUAAUGCUAAACAUGUUUUGGAGGAUAUGAAAUUUAGAUUGGAUUUACACACACCCACAGCAUUUAUUUGGUCACAUUCAUUUAAUGUGAAUGCAACGAAAUUCUGUAAUUUAAUUGUUGCUCAAAGAAAUGGAACAAUCAUAUUUUGGAAAUUUAUGCAUCUAUCAAUUGAAAGCUAUAAAUUAGCAAAAGUUAAUUUUAUGCAUCAGCAUGACACACAUUUAAGAGAUAUUUCUGCAAUGCAUUGGAUAGAUUCUAUAGACAAUAGUGGUUUCUUAGUUAUUGGAAGCAUAUCAGGAAAUGUUAUGGUAUACCCAGUAUUUCAAGUAUCUGAAACAACUGUUAAAGUAUCAAAUGGUAUUACAUUAAAUAGUGCAGAUAAUAUUAAAGUUGACCACAUAUUUUCAUCGGUUCAAGAAAAUGCACUUUUUAUUUAUGUUAUAAAACAAGAAGUUAUGGUCAUUUAUUACCUGAAAGAUGGUAGUUUGAAAGAUAGUUGUUUCUAUUAUAUUGGGAAUUUAUCAGUUAAUGGUAUUCAAAAACAAUUGGACAAUUCUAUUUUAAUUUGUUCACAAACUGGAACUUUUAAAGAAAUUAUUAUUGGUGCAUGUGAAGAUGAUAAGAUUAUUGUCCAUUGGAGACACAUAUACAUAAAUAUCAAUUGGAGCAAUAAGAAACCUGUCGGUUUUUUUUCUUCGAGAAAUAAUACAAUUAUGACUCUGAUAACAGACUAUUGCAAAUUGAAUAAUUUCAAAGAACAAAAGGACAAAGUUAAUUUCUAUUAUUAUCUCAAUAAAGGCGUAAACGCCGUGGAUUUAUUAUUUAAUAAUAAAACGAACAGUUUAAAGAAUUAUCACGAUUGCCUAGAGGCCGUGAGAGUGGACAAUUUGAUUAGCAAGGAUCUGAUUUUCAACAAAAUUCCAUUUGAAUUGAACUACGAUAACUUGAGUCUAUUGCAAUUGAAGACUUUUCUGUACAUUUCCAAAACGGAUGACUACAUCUACCAACAAUUGGAUAAUGUCCCAUCAGAUAACAUGAAGGAUUCAAAUGAUAUUUUUACCAUGAUACAGAUCAAGUUAGCCAUCUAUUUUAUUCAAUUAAUCCUUCGUCAGAUCGAUUCCGAUAAGAAGAUUUCAGAAUUUAAACUGCAGAGCAUGCAUAUACUGUAUUCAUACCUUAAGGAAAUUGUAAUUAGCGAUAAUAUACCUAAACUGGAUUUAGGUCCCAAUGUUAUUGAUGAGGUACUGGAUAUAGUAUCUAGAUGCGAGAACAUUUCUAUGCAAAAUUCGGUAGUUUGUCUCAUAUGUGGAGAAGAUAUUCUAGGGAGUUUUUGCGUGAAGACUCAUUUUGAUAAUAGGUGUUUGAUUUCCAUGAUGCAGAUUGCCAUACCCAAGUAUAUGUGUCCGUGUUGCAAACAUUAUGUUGCAGAAGAGGCAAUAAUAGAGUUCCAAGUAAGCUUAUGUCCGCUGUGUGACCACCAACUCGAUGUGAUCAUGUCGGACAAUAAGCAAAAAUCAGUUUUAAGCCCAUUUGAACGUAAAUGAAUAUGUUUAAUAUUAUAUAAUUCUGCUGUGAUAUGAUUGUAAUACAUACAAUUUGAAACUAGAUGGUUUCAAUUCAAUUCGACAGUCAAUUCUGUUUACUGUUUAAUUAUUUUUUGAAAAUACAACU